AUGACGAUUGCACCACUUAAUUGGGGACGUAUUGGAUUAUCACAUUGGUUCGGAUCAACUCAUCGAGUUGACGGUUGCAUCUUAUGUCACAGAACGUCAAAAUCCAUGGAAAUUGAUAAAUUUUAUUUACAAAAGGAACAGAAGACCGGAGAAAAUCUCUUGUUAUUACGGGAAGUUAGCACAUUUCAAGACAUAGCUGUACAGAACUUCGUAAUAAUCGAACGCAAUGAUGUAAGAUAUCCUGCUCAAGUUCUUGAAAUCGAUUUGGUGGAAGAAAAUCUGCUGAUCCAAUCGUACAAGUCGCCGUUUCCAAUUCAAUCGCAUUACACAACUUUAGUAAAAUUCAGAAAAAAUCUGAAUAUUCAUUUACAAGACGUCAUAGCAUGUUUGUUAGUUGAACCGACUGUCGGUAGACGUGGACAACUGACACUAUCAAGGGAACAAUUUAUAUAA